AUGUCACGUUCUCCUUUUAAUUGGAGGGGGCUUGAGGGCAGCUCAAAAAUUGACGAGUAUCUCAACGGCAUACCGGACCUGGACAGAGAGGCCAUAGAAUUUACCCCCGAAGAUGAGGACCAGAUGCUGCCCUUUAUCGAUGCAAAUUCCCUUCAGCUUGUCGAAGGGAGAACCUUUUCAUCCUUCUUCUCUCAAGGAUACAGAUUGGUGGGCAUCAUUGCCAACCGAUUGUUUUGGAUGCGACUGGGCCUGCUGUCUAUUUCGCUGAUAUUUUUAUUUAUUUUCUCGGUGGUUUUUUAUCUUUUUCUAUAUCAGUGGGCCGUUCCCAGAUACUUGCACUCGAUUCCAGUGUUUUUAGACUAUAGCCAGCAAUAUCCGACGGCAAACGUGUCCAUUUCUUCUUUAUUGAGGCCGAACCAGCGAUAUUCGUUUUCAUUGCGACUAUAUGUCCCCGAUUCGCCACAAAAUUCGCAAAUCGGAAAUUUUAUGGUCGACUUUUCGCUUUUCAACGCAAAAGGCACGUCGAUUUUCCAUUCAAAACGACCAGUAAUCCCACAUUGCCAAUUACGUCUUUUAGAGCAUCGUCCCAUAUGCUUCUGA